CUGUCAAAGAGGCAGCAUGUGAGCCGCGAACGCCUCCCGUCCCAAAUACCAAAUGCAGGCGCCCGUGACGCCGGCGGGCUCCGUCUCCACCGGAGAGACACCGCUUCAACAGCCACCCGUCGUCAUCUCCAGGUCACCAUCCGCCGCAACGACAACGAGGAGGCGGCUGCUCGUGUCCGUCGGUGGCCUGCUCCUCGUCGCCGCCGCGAGCAACAACGCCAGCAGGAGAGCGGCGGCGGCCGCGGUUGACAGCUACGACCCGGUGACCGAGGCGGAGCGCGCGGCGAGCGAGGCGGUGUCGCAGCGCGUCGGGGAGGCGGUCCAGCUGCUGGAGGCCGGGCGGGAGCUGCAGGCGCGCGGCGAGUUCGCGGGGGCGCUGGCGUCCUUCACAGCGGUGGUGAGCGGGUACAAGGAGCUGGCGCUGUCGGAGUACGCGCGGGUGGGGCGGGCGCUGGUGCUGUACGAGAUCGGCGACCGCGACGAGUCCAUCACGGAGAUGGAGGACGUGUCGGUGGCGCUCAAGGGGUACCCGGAGAUCCACGCGGCGCUGGCGGUGGCGCUGUACGCCGACAAGCACGCGCCCCUACUCGCCGAGUUCCAGUUCAACAUCGCCACGCUGCUGGACCCGCACUACUCCGACCUCGCCUACGUCAGGGACACCAAGCACUGGCCGCCCAGCCUCGUCGCCUCCCUCAACAACUUCAUCACACUCACCUAGCCUCCUCCUCCUCCUAGUAUAUGUUGCAGCAUUGGGGUGGUUGUUGGGGCGGCGGAGGGGGCGAGGGGCUGCCGCGAUGGGGGGCGAUGACGGCAGUGAUUUGGUUGGAGGGCGGCGGUGGGUGAUGGGAUGGUUGGGGGCAGCGACGACUUGUAGUCCGGUGGAUUUGUGGGCGGCGGAGGAGCUGCGGUGGUGGGGAGCUACACCGGUAGUGGUCUAAUCGAGCCGAGGGCGGCUGCUCACCGGCGGUGGGAAGGUCUGGGGGCGACGAGGGCGGCGGUGGCAAGGUUUGGGAGCGGCGGCGGAUCUGGUGGAGGACACCACUGGGGAUUGGUCAUGAUUUGGGGGCGGGCGUUGCGGUCUGAUAGAGUUAGGG